GUCGCAAAGCAGCCGCUGCGUUCGACGACAUAAAUCACUGCCAUUGACCAGGCGACGUUGCAUUGAUCAGUCGAGACGCACGCGACACGGGUUCCAACAGCUUAUUGUAAACAGACAGGCAUAAGCAGCGUUUCAGACCACGCACUCCAGCCAUGUCAUCACUGUCGGCCGCAAACGAGGAGCAAAACGUGGUAACCAUCAAGAAUUUGAACUUCCGCUAUGACACGGGUGCGCCGCUGAACAUCAACGGCCUCGACUGCGUCAUCCCGGCCAAUAGCAAGGUCAUCCUCGUCGGUGCCAACGGCGCCGGCAAGUCGACGCUGCUGCGCAUCCUGACGGGUGUGAUCUAUUUGGGCUUAGAAAGCGAUGAAUUUGACAUCGCGGGCACAGCCACGCCGCACGACCAAGCCAUGGGCGUCGCGUACCUAGGAGGCGUCUGGAAGCGCCGCCGGACGGGCUUCGAAGGCAUCGAGCCGUACUCGAUGGAUAUCGCCGCGCGCGACAUGAUGAAGAAGUGGCAGGAUGAAAAUUUGGAGAGACGAGAUGAAUUAGUGCGCGUGCUGGGCAUCAACCUCGACUGGCGGAUGCAUGAAUGUUCAGAUGGACAAAGAAAGAAGGUGCGCAUCAUGCUCAAGCUGCUGCGGCCCUUCAAGCUCUGCGUCGGCGACAGCGCGGAACCCACCUCGCGGCGACGGCGUGCUAGCCUCACAUUUGUUUCCCGUGCGCAGGUCAUCGACGAGUUCGCGGCCGACCUCGACAUCUUCUCGAGAGCUAGGUUCUUCGAGUACCUCUCGAAGGAGUGCGAGCUGCGCGGCGCGGCCGUGGUCUACGCGACCCACAUCUUCGAUCAAGCGGACAAGUGGGCGACGCACGUCGCGUUCAUGCAGCUCGACAAGAAGCUGUCGCCCGUCCAUAAACUUCACGACUACGCGCCGUACCAGGAGAUCCUCGCGCGGACGGGCAAAGAUCGCGCGUAUUGCCCGUGCGUGCUCCGCGUCUCAUUACUUCGUGACGCCAUCGACGAGGCGCCCCGUCGCAGGAUGUAUGUCCUAGUCCUCGAAGAACUAGAAAGGCAGUACCGCGCCCACUCUCACUUGUUUGAUGCGGACAACCAGUGCCUGACCGACGUCAUCAUGGCGGAGCAGGCUUGCGAGAAGGCGGCGGACCGCCACUUUUCCGAGAGCGGCAAGGGCUACGAGAGCGGUCGCGUCGCGCGAGCCAUGGCCAUCGAGUCCAUGGACGAGCACCGGCGCAAACGGCGCGAGGAGGAGAAGGCGCGCGAAAUUCUCGCGGCGAAGGCCUGAUAUAUGUAAUGUAC